AACUCUGAAAACACGAUUCAGAGCCGAAUGCGUGGAUUUCAUGCAGCCGGUCACAUGAAACCUCUUGCUUUUUAGCCGACAUAAACACACAAGAAACAUAUCUUAUUUCACACCAGUUUUGGUGCCUUGUUAUUUUAUUUAUUUUAUUCUUUUUUUUUUUUUUUGACUACCCACUUCCUUUGAUCUAAAGAGGAGGAUUUAGAUCAACGCAGACGGGGAAAACAGGAAUGUUUCUUCCGCCUCCAAACAGUGAGAAAACACAACGGAAGCCGAUGUGGUAUCUGUAGUUUGUCUGCGGAUCUUUGUACCCCUACCUUCAGUGCCACUGCUUGUGCCUCGACAGCUCAGCUCUGCCUCCGGCUUUGGUUUCCGCCAGUACUCCCAGAAGAAACUCUGAGACAAGCAAGAGGCCCCUGAGACCUCUGUAUGUCUCAUAGCUCCUACAGACCUAUUUCUUGUUUUACCUCCCUCUGUUUCCCCUUCAGCAGCCACAUUUUAACAUAACUGAACACCGUAGAGCUGUUCUGCCACAUCACACUUCAGAAUUGCUCUUCGGUUCGGGAUAAGAGUUUGACGCUUGACUGGAAGUUAACUUGGUGCUCCUCAGACGGGGGGGAGGAAGGCCGCUGAACACAGUGCUGCUUUCCCCGGAGAUGAAGCUGCAGGCCGUGAUGGAGAACCUGCACAGGCAGCAGAGGGCCAAGCUUCUGAUGGAGCAGCAGCUACAGCAGCAGGCCAUCUCUCAGCACGCUCAGGGCCGCACAGGAGACGAUCCGAUGGAGAGCCCCGCCCCCGAGGGUGAGCAGGCCCAGAUAGCGGCGCUGGCAGCCAUGAGAGCUGCGGCGGCCGGGCUGCAAAGAGUGUCAGACAGCCCCAUGUCGAAGCGCAGCAGCGGCGGAGAGGAGGAGCGUGAAGAUGACAACGAUGAAGGGGAGGAGCAUUACAAGGACAUGAUGGGCUCAGAUGAGGAGGAACAGAUAAAAAGAAAAUGGAACGAGGGGGACUUUGAAAGCGACAUGGAAGAAGACUAUGAUGAUGACCUGGCAGAGGAAGGCUUGCCGACAGGCCACGACGCUCUGGCUCCAGGAAAGGGCAUCCUCCUGCUGCCCCACCGUCAGCUCCACCCCCACUCCCAGCUGCUGAAGGUCCGUCCCAGUGUCGAACAGGAGCCCCGCGUUGCCAUCAUGCCUCCCCACGCUCCACACAGCCACCUGGGUGGACAGGACCAUGGAGAAUGGACCUAUGAGGAGCAGUUCAGACAGCUUUACGAGCUGGAUGGAGACCCCAAAAGGAAAGAGUUUCUCGACGACCUCUUCAGUUUCAUGCAAAAAAGAGGAACACCCGUGAAUCGCAUUCCCAUCAUGGCCAAACAGGUCCUGGAUCUGUACAUGCUCUACAAGCUGGUGACAGAGAAGGGCGGCUUGGUGGAGGUCAUCAACAAGAAACUGUGGAGGGAGAUUACCAAGGGACUUAACCUGCCUACCUCAAUCACCAGUGCAGCCUUCACUCUUCGCACACAAUACAUGAAGUACCUGUACCCAUAUGAAUGUGAUAAAAGAGGUCUGAGCAACCCCAAUGAGCUUCAGGCAGCCAUCGACAGCAAUCGACGAGAAGGCAGACGGCAGAGCUUCGGCAGCUCCCUUUUCACAUACUCCCCCAACGGGACCCCCACCAUGCUGUCCUCCCCAAAAGUCUCUACGCCUAGCAUGAGCUUGACAGUGGGCACCAACGGAGCAUCGCUGGCCCCCAUGCAGAAGAUUAAGAAAGAAGAGGAGGGAGGCCAGCCGCUGCCGGGGGUCGGUAUCCCUCGUCUGCCAGUGGGUCCCAUACCUGGUCACUCAGUGGCCGCCGUGCAGGCAGCGGCAGCCCAGGCAGCGAUGGCAGCUCAGGUGGCAGCUCUGGAGCAGCUGAGGGACAAACUGGAGGCAGGUGAGCCCCCUGAGAAGAAGAUGGCCCUGCCUGCAGAGGAGCACCACCGGCUGCUGCAAAGAGCUCUGCAACACAACCUGCUGGCCAUGACUGCUCAGAUACCUAUGAACAUCCGCAUAAACAAUCAAGAUGGCAGGCAAGAGUCUGCUCUGAACCUCACCACAAACGGCACAAACAGCAUCAGCAUGUCAGUGGAGCUCAAUGGAGUGGUGUACACUGGUGUUCUUUUUGCUCAGGCAGCAGCAGGGUCAGCUUCGUCCAGUGCGUCUGUGUCAUCCCUCUCCAACAAGCCCGUCAGCAGUCGUAUUGCUCCACAGCAGCAGCAGCAGCAGCAGCAAAACACACCUACCUCAGCUUCCAGCACCCCACUGUCUUAACAAACCCCUCCCAAUUUGUUUUUUUUUUUAUUGUUAUUACCACGCUAAGAAAAGCCAAAAAGCAACCUCAUUUUCUACAUCAUCUAUGCCAAAAAGAAAAGAGAAGAACCAUCAUCAGUACAGAAAGACAAACUGAAACUCAACUCACUUGAAGUACACUAUCUCAGGUUUUCUCUCACAAACUCACCUCUUUUGUUCUUCAUCGCCAAAAGGAUUUUGAAACGAAAUAAUCCCAACUGAGAGCCAGUAUAUGCUAAACUUGUGCACAACCUGUGAAUUAUUUAUUUCUGCAUAAAUGUACAGAUUACUGGAGAACAACAGAGAAGGUAAUAACUAGGAAGGCUAAAGCAUUGUUUACACACACAAACACAGCUACUGACUGACAAUGACAUUAUAUCUUCUAGAGGAGAGAUUUUGUUUUAUUAUUUUAACUUUUCAUUGUCAUUAGUAUCAUUAUUGUUAUUCUCUUUGUUGUGUUUUAUUGUUUUAAUCUUUAACGAUCUUCUCAUUGCAGGAAAAGUAAUCUAUAUAUUUAGAAUUCUAUGAAAAAAAGAAGUAUGAAUAUCCUCUAUUUUUAAUCAGAGAAGCUUUCAAAGGUAUGUUUUUUUUUGUUGUUUGUUUUUUUCCUUCAGGGCAUAAAUAUAUGGUGUGGCUGUGACCUCAUUCUGUUGUAAAACCAGAUAACCUUAUUAACGUGGCAGCCCUGUGGGAGGACGAGGCUAGUGCAGGCCUGCAUUCUGGUUCUUAUCGUUGCCACACAGUCUUAAGUGAAACUGAAGAACAUGCAGGGAUCUUUUAAUCACCUGGAGGACUUUUGGUGCAUUAUCAAUCCCAGCCAGACCCGAGGUGGCACACAUCUGCACGUAGCUGUUUUUUUUUUCCUUUUUGUGUGCUCGUUCUUCCAGAGACCGCUGUGGCUGGUUUGUAUCUCAGAUCUGCUCCUGCAUGUUGACAUGUGGCCAGUAUGAGACUCGUAUACGUCGUAAAUACGUAGUCCUCAGAAUGGCUCUCUGGAGCACAAGGGUACAUUGUGCAGUUGGUAUAAAUUAACGAAAAAACACAAGUUUAGGUUCAUUCGUCAAGAUAACACACGUUAUGAUUUUUCUCAGGUGUCUCUUUGCUUUGUAUGAUUUAUUUUUUACGGUAACUGUCUUCAAUUACACUGGACAGAGUAAUGCUUUCUACCCUUUCCCCUCUUCUUUCUGACUUUGCCUUCUUGUGGAGAGACACUUUAGGUCAGUUUCAUGCAUGAUUUGUAGACAAAGAUCCUUCAAUCAUAAAUUAAGCAAUUUUCCGUCUUUGACUUGCUCAAUCCUUGUUAUUCAUGGGGGAGAAACUCACACGGACAAUCAGGUGUCAGGAGACACACCCUGAGCCUUAGGAGAAACCAGACAGGCGUUUUCUGCUCAUCUUUAACGAGCUUUCAUAAUGUUGAUCACAGAUGCUUUUAUGUUUAUUUCCGUUCUGCUUUGUGUUCUGCACGUCACUGUGCUUCUUCUGAUCCAAGUGCUUCUUAUCCGGCGCUGUGAGCGAGAUGCAGCGGUUACAGCAGUGGCUGUUUUGGAAUCCUCCAACUGUGCAGCUGUUUCUUAACCGGCCCCUCUCUGCUGGCUCUAUGUUGCUUGUGUCUUAUCACUGUUGCAAACUCUGCUGGAUUUAUGACAGAAGAGGCACUGGUUGGUAGUAAGUAGUGUCUCUGCAUCUUGAAGUAGUUCAGUCAGUUACUCCUCUGCACAGUUGGCUAAAGAUUGUUACUCAGCUCCUCGGGGCCACAUCCGUACCAAGCGUCCUGCUCCCCUCCUGACGUUGGGGAGUAAAUCAGGCUUUGUAUGCGGGUUCCGAUCUGAGGCCUUAACACAGCGUGGGGUGACCGGAGAGUGAGCAGUACCUCCACCUAAUCACUUUUUACUGUUCAGUCAAAUAUCACCAGAUGGCUUUCAGGGCUUUGAUUUCUCUACCCGCCUCUCUGUGGGACAUCACCACCAGCUGCUAAACAAACACUGGUCACUUUUCAAAAGCAACUCAAUAAGAAAUCUAAGUUAACAAAAAAGAUUAAAAUCCCCUAAUCCUGCUGUAGUUCAAAAAGUAGCAUGGUUUUAACAAGAAGUUUUGUCACAAUCAGUUCGUUUAAGAUGGUAAAGACACACAAAAUCUGUAAAAAAAAAAAAAAAACAUAUGUUUAGACAAUCUUUAGGGGCUUUUCAUAAAAAUUUAGAAUCUUUUUAUUUUUAAAUAGGGAUCAUAUUUGAACAAGAUGGGUCCAAAAUAAAAAAU